CAUCCGAUUCGAAUCUGUUAUCAUCCGACGAUCAGUGCUCCCACACGUGUUAUAUCCCAUCUUCUUCGUCUUUGUACACAACCAUCAAUGUGGUGCGCCUGAAAACGAAACCUUUUUUCUCUCACCGCGCAAGAGUCGGAAUCCGGUUUGCAUCAACAUGGCGCACAAUGGAGAAGCAAGUGGAAGGAAUUCGGGAUUUUCUCAUACUGCGCUCAACGAAAGAAUACUUUCUUCGAUGUCUUGGAGAACUGUUGCUGCUCAUCCCUGGCAUGAUUUAGAGAUUGGUCCUGGAGCUCCAUCAGUUUUCAACUGUGUUGUUGAAAUUGGCAAAGGCAGCAAGGUUAAGUAUGAGCUGGACAAGACAAGUGGACUUAUAAAGGUUGAUCGUGUUCUUUACUCAUCAGUUGUCUACCCACACAAUUAUGGAUUCAUUCCAAGAACAAUUUGUGAAGACAGUGAUCCUAUGGAUGUCUUGAUACUAAUGCAGGAGCCAGUGGUGCCCGGUUCCUUCCUUCGUGCUCGUGCUAUUGGACUGAUGCCCAUGAUUGAUCAGGGAGAAAAGGAUGACAAAAUCAUAGCAGUUUGUGCUGAUGACCCUGAAUUUCGCCAUUACAAGGACAUCAAGGAACUUCCUCCACAUCGGCUCGCUGAAAUCAGGCGAUUUUUUGAAGACUACAAGAAAAACGAGAACAAAAAGGUUGAUGUUGAAGAUUUUCUUCCUUCUGAUGCUGCUAUUGAUGCCAUCAAGUAUUCCAUGGACCUGUACGCCGCUUACAUAGUCGAAAGCUUGAGGCAGUGAGCUGUUCAGAAACUGAUCAGGCAAGAUAUGACUUGAAGUAUUAUGUGAAUGCGAAAAAGGUUGAACUUUCUGAUACCGUUGUCGGAUAUUAUGCUGUUUUGACAGUAUGUAUUAUGUUCUGCUCGGUUUCUGGCAAAAACAAGCUUCUGAAUUCUAAAGCUUCUGUAAUUGUUUUUCGCGAUAUCUUAUUGUCCUUGGGCAGAACUUGUCGGUUAGAGACUUUUUAAAAUUGGGAUACCCAUGGCCAUGGUGGCCUUCGGCUACUUGUGGACACACAGGCAUCGAACUUGGGCUUUUUUGUUUUUGUGACAAACUUAUGAGGCUUUGAAAUAGCAGAAUGUCUUAAGUGGAUAAGAGCUCCUUUGCAUGUUACCAGGGAAGGAAAAAACAUGUGAUGUGAGCUUCAAAGAGUGGGGGGAUACCCGACUCUUAUUCUUGUUUAGGAUCCAAGAGUAACGGCAAAAUGAUGCUAAUUAUAGCUUACCCUUUAUUGCUAGCUCAGGCCAAGCAGGCCUGCUAAUUGCAGGUUAUGAUUGAUGAUCA